CUACGGUUAUAAACACAUAAGGAGACCUCUGCCGUUCCUCAUUCUUCUCUCUGCGAGUCGGACCGGAGUCAGGGGAGUUUUGCCGGAGUUGUCACCGGAGUUCUACAAGGAUCGGCCGGAGUUUAGUUUGUCAAUUGAGAUAGAGAUCAAGGACGGAAUGAGGAGCAGCCUGGAGAACAGUGAAGUAAUGGACCGUAUCGUUAAUUAUGAUGACGAUCAUCACUCUGAGGAUGAUAGCGUGCAACAGAACGACCACCAGAAUAUGAACAUGAACCAGAACGUCCCACAACAAGAGGCACCCAAUAGUGGGCUUGUUGGGGUUCCGCAGAUCGACCAUGCGAUGAUGAUGCAGCUCCUACAACAAGUUCUGAUCAUGAAUCAGAAUGCCUUAGCGCAUGUUCGACAACCAGAACCAAGGAUCACACUCGAGAGACUGCAGAAAAACGGUGCUGAAGAAUUCCUAAGCGAGAACAUCGCCGAUCCGUUGAUUGCAUUUAGAUGGAUAGAGCGCGUGCGACGCGUAUUCGAGAAUUUGAAGGUUCCAGCUAGCGAAUGGGCCGAUUUCGCGGUCAUGCUUCUACAGGGUAAUGCGUACGAGUGGUGGAAGCGCACUACUCGAGAUGCGAAUCAUCCCGCGAAAGUGACGUGGGCGUACUUCGAACAAGUGUUCAAAGAGGAGUAUAUUCCCGAGUCGUUUGUGGAAGAGAAACGAGAGGAGUUUCUACAUCUGGAGAUGGGUACGAUGAGUCUUCCUGAGUAUCGCCAGCUAUUCGAUCAUCUCGCUGAGUUUGGCCAGGAUUUGGUGAACACCACCAAACGUCGUUGCGAUAAGUUCGUGAAGGGCAUGUGCCCGAAACUUCAGAAGCACAUGUCUACUGCAUCUAGGCAAGAUUUUGGAGUCAUGUACGAGCAAGCAAAAGAGGUUGUUAGAACGAAGGAAGGAUUGAAGCUGAACACUGAGCAAAAGCCAGCCAAGACCUCCACACAAGCAGCUAGCACCAGCAAGGUCUUUCAUGAGAAAAGGUCUCAGAGCGAAUAUGAAAUCCAAGUAUCAAAGAAAGCCAAGUCGAUGCCUACUCAGUCCGUUGUCUCGACAAGCAAAGGGAAGCAACCUAGGCAUCCCUUGUGUCCCCGUUGCAAUCGCUAUCAUCCAGGAGAGUGCUGGUGGACGCUAGGACUGUCUCAGAGUCAACGUACGACAGCAGGAUCUCAUGUGCAACGACCUCAGCAGCAACGACCGCCGCAAGCUGCGACAGAACAACAUGCUAUAGCUCCAGCUAGGACAUACGCUAUGCAUGGGCAAAUCGAUCCCAAUCCAGAUGCUGACUAUGUUGGAACUGCGGCUGAUUGCCGUCAUGCAUCGUUUGAGUUCCGGAAACAAUCGUCAUGGUAAUUGGGGAUGACUUCUCCGCCGUAUAGCUGUCUUCUUCCAUGGGGUGUCGCUGGACUGCAUAUUGCCUCGUUGCCAACCGAAGAAGGAAGCACUCCUUCUUUAGUGAUAAAGUAAAGGCUAACCUUUAAAGACUAUAAAUUAGUAACCAGUACUUAAGUUGUGUGUGCUGUAGUCCAUCUCUAUGCUUGGGAUUUAGAAAUUUAACCAUGAUCUCAAUGGAACUCCAAAUUUACCAAUCUUAACUUUAUAAAUCUAACUUAGUAGGUUUGUAAAAAUAAUAGGAUGUGCAGAAUAGUAGGGCUUUCAUAUUUUGGUACUUUGUCAUAAUAUUAUGUUUUGAAUUAGAAUUGAGAAAAUAUGCCACUUGGUAUAUCUAGGUGGUUCUCGAUUAAAUUGAUAAGGAAAUUGGAGUCACUAUUGAAUUAAUAAGGAUUAGGAUUUAGG